AUGUACAAAAACAAAGUGCCCCUUUAGCGAUUCUAACAAAUCAAAUAAUAUAUUUUUCGCGUUUUUUCGCCCUUCAUCUUCAUCACUGUUUCGUUGUAACAUGAUCGUCAAAAUGGAAUGUUUUUUUUUUUUUUUUUAACCCAUUCGUAGAUUUCUUUAAAAAGAAAAAAAACAACCAAAUGCAAUUUUCUCAACAACCAGACAUAGGAAUCCCAAUUUCCAUACCCAUGUCUUAACUCCAAAAAUAAACAAAAUUAAGGUUCCGGAGAAGAGCUCCUUCAAGCCAACACUCCAGGAUGGCGAAUACAAAAUAACACCGAUGCAAAGCGUCCCUGGGCACAUCAUCCGACCCUCCUACGCUGAAACUGGGUUUGUCAAACAUUCAAACAUCGAGUACGAAAUUAAGGAUGAAGAAAGUAUUCGUAAAAUGAAAGAGGCUGCCAAAAUUGCAGCCCAGUGUUUGAAGCUUUGUUUAGAAAAUUCAAAGGAAGGGGUAACAACAGAUGAAAUAGACAAAAUGGCCUUCGAUUUUUACAUAAAAAAUGGUGUCUACCCGGCUGGCAUCAAUUUCCACGGUUUUCCCAAAACGGUUUGCGCCUCUCCGAACGAAGUGGUCUGCCACGGAAUCCCCAACUUGAGGAAACUAAAAGACGGCGACAUCAUAACGUACGACUGCACAGUCUAUGUCGAUGGGGUGUUCGGAGACUGCGCCGGGACCACAGGCAUAGGCACAAUCUCGAAAAGUCACCAGAAGUUAAUUGAUGUCAGCAAAGAAUGCCUUUAUAAAGCCAUUUCUGUGUGUAAACAUGGUCAGAAAUUCUCCGAAAUUGGACGAAUCAUAACUGAGCAUGCAGAAAAAAAUGGCUUUAGUGUGAUACAAGAAUUCUGUGGACAUUUCAUUGGCCGAAAUAUGCAUAUGUACCCUUUGAUUGAACACCAUUAUCCGAAUGGCCAUCCUGAUGAUGAGUGCAUGCAAGUGGGACAGAUAUUCACAAUCGAGCCAAUCCUAUCGGAGGGAAGUAGAAAAAUCCAUACAUGGAAGGAUCAGUGGACCGUGUGUACCAAUGAUAAUGCAUUUUGUUCGCAAUGGGAACACACCAUUUUGGUGCAGCAAAAUGGUGCUGAAAUAUUGACCCACUGUGAUUAG